AUGAAAGAUAUUAUAAGUGUGUGUGUGUGUGUGUGUGUGUGUGUGUGUGUGUGUGUGUGUGUGUGUGUGUGUGUGUGUGUGUGUGUGUGUGUGUGUGUGUGUGUGUGUGUGUGUAGCAGUCAGUACCUGUUUGCAGCAUCCAGCAGAGACCUCCAGCUGCUCUGGAUAAAGAAACUCCAGAACGUCCCUGAAUCUGCCAGCAGCGACUCUGACGACUCCGGGUAAACACACACACACACACACACACACACACACACACACACACACACACUGCAGAGGGAAAAGUCAUAAUAUUACUUGUUUUCAGUGAUAUUCCUCCAUAACUGUAACGUACAAACAUGAAUUUCCACUUCACUCUGUAUGUCAGAUGUUUUAAUUCGUCUUCUCUCAAAGACUCUGGAGUUAAAAUUCAAAGACUAAGUUAAUCCUCUCCACUUUAAAGGAUCUGUUUACAAACUAAAUUAGAUAUAACUGUAGAAUAUUCAGUAUAAUUGUAAAUAUUGGAGAUAUUCAGGUACGAUUGUUGGAGGUAAAUCCCAGAAGAACUUCUCUGCUGAGUCUGAAUUUUGUCUAAAAUAUAAAAUAUUCUGGCAUAAAAUUAAUUUAGGGUCAAACACGACCGCAGAGAGAGCCACACCCCCAACCAAAACGCCACUCUAUAACCACAAAUAAUGCUCAGAACAGCACCUAACUUCAUCAACAGGACAUAUAGGGUCACAGACAUAGUACUAGACACCAAACAUCUUUUUAACUUUGACUCAUUUCUUUAGCAAAGAGACUAAACACAACUCACCUACUCUCUUCCAGCAGACGCUUGUUUGUAGAGAGACCUCAGGCCAGUCCAGUACAGACUACAGCGGGGUGCCGCAGCUCAAGGAAGAACAUUUAUGAUCACCGUUACAGUGUGUUUGACUCUAAAUUAAUUUUAGGGUCUUGAUCUUGUGAGCGCCCUCUCACCUCAUCAGUCCAUAAAACCUUUAAAAAUCUGUCUUCAGAUGUUUCUCGGCCCCGUCUCGACGUUUUAACUCGUGUGUUUUGUUCAGUGGUGGUCGGGUUUCAGCCUGCCUUACUUCGGCCGUGUCUCUGAAAACCCUGUCCCUGUCGACUAUUUGCAAGAAAAUGUUUGAUGGUUUUGUGAUCACGCCCCAAUAUCUCAGCAAUUUCAAGACUUUUAACCAUUUUUGACUUUUCAGAGUCACUUAAAUCUCUUUUUUUGCACAUUUAUCGUGAGGAAAAAAAGCUGCCUAAUGAUUAUGCACACCCUGAUAUAGAGUAUUGACCUCCUUAGGCCCCACCCUCCCUCAUUACACAAAUACACAUCACCUGAUAUAAUUAUAUCCAAUCAGAAUUCAAGUUUAGACAGCUUGGAGUUGGAAAAUAUGCAUAAAAAUGAUGAUAUGGUCAAAAUACUUCACUUUGUGUCGGUGUAAACAGACCCUCCUCUCACGUGACGGUCACCGUUCUCUCCGUGAGGGUCUUGUUGGUCUAAAAGGGUCUGCCGUGAGUCUCUCUGAAGAGUUUCCCCCUCAGAUCUGAUCUCCUCGCUGUAAAAAGUCCCAGAUUGAUGGAGGCCAAAUCAAUCCAAACAAAUUAGUGACAUUUAGGAUCAGAAAAGCUUCCUGCAGACAUGGAUGCUGUCUGCUGUUUGUACAGAUGUUUGAAGGAUGAACUUUGUGUGUUUGUGUAAAUGAACGGGGUUUAUUUAUUAAUGAGGGAAAACUCCAAACAUCUUCAGACUCAUCCUCUCCUCCAUUCAGUCCCAUCAAUCAGUCAAUCAUUAAAUCAGGAGUCCCAUUAAGACCUCGGGGUUCAAACACUUUGGGAAAUUAAAGUCAUUGAGGUGUUGGAGUGAGAGUCUUUCAGACGAACAGACUCGGAAUCAUAAACAUGUUUCUGCUCCUCACACCAACACCAUCGGAUUGAUCUUCUUUCACUCACACUCGUCUUUGUAUUGACGGAGAAUCGGCUUCAUUAGAUUUCUCUUUCUCAUUUCUCAGUCUUUAGAUUUCCUCAUUUCCACGUUUCAGACCCACUUCCUCAUCCUCUGCUGGAAACAUCGUCAUCAGACGAACAUCACAGGACGGCGUUAUCGAUCCGGCGCCGAACUGUCCUCAGUUUUCAUUUUACAGUCAAAGGUCAGCUGUCUGGGGAGGUCACACUCGACCUCUGUGA